AUGGACUCAGGGUACAACCCCCGGACGGUGGAGGAGGUGUUCCGGGACUUCAAGGGCCGCCGCGCCGGGAUAAUCCGCGCGCUCACCACUGAUGCGGAGGAUUUCUUCAAGCAAUGCGACCCAGAAAAAGAAAAUUUGUGCCUGUAUGGGUUUCCUAAUGAGAGCUGGGAAGUAAAUUUGCCUGCUGAAGAGGUGCCACCUGAGCUUCCAGAACCAGCAUUAGGCAUAAACUUUGCAAGAGAUGGAAUGCAGGAAAAAGAGUGGUUGUCCAUGGUUGCUGCACACAGUGAUGCAUGGUUACUUUCUGUUGCAUUUUACUUUGGUGCACGAUUUGGUUUCAACAAAAAUGACAGGAAGCGCCUCUAUAGUUUGAUUGAUGAUCUUCCCAUGGCUUUUGAAAUUGUUAGUGGGAAGAGUGAAACCAAGGCACCACCAGCACCAGCACCACCAAGCAGUAGUAACCAUAGCAAUAUCAAAUCGAAGUCUAACAACAAAAAGAAACCAUCGGAGCCUAAGGUGAAGCAGACAAAGCUGCGUGCCCCUGCAGAGGAAGGCCCGGGCGGUGAGGAGGAAGAUGGCAGUGCAAGCAAGGGGGAGCACGGGGAGACGUUGUGCGGCGCGUGCAAGGAAAGCUACGGCCCCGAUGAGUUUUGGAUCUGCUGCGACCUCUGCGAGAAGUGGUUCCACGGCAAGUGCGUCAAGAUCACGGCGGCCAAGGCCGAGCACAUCAAGCAGUACAAGUGCCCAUCCUGCACCGGCAGCGGUGGUGCCGGCAACAGCGGCACCAAGCGAGCCCGCCCAUCUUAA